UUGGUCUCUUUCAACUCUUCCUACCUUUAUUGAUCUGGAGACUACACGAACCUAAUGUCGAACACGAUUCCACUUUACCCGUUAUCCAACUUCACGUUCAGCACCAAGGAAGCUCAGCCGGAGGAGGACCCGUCCGUUUCUGCGCGUCUCCAGCGGCUGCAGAACAACUAUGAGGACUUUGGCAUGAGGCGGACGGUGGAGGGGAUCUUGGUGGUGCACGAUCACGGGCACCCGCAUAUCCUGAUGCUGCAAAUUGCAAACGCGUUUUUCAAGCUACCAGGCGACUACCUCAAACCCGGUGAAGACGAGAUCGAAGGCCUCAAGCGCUUGCUGGACGUGCGCCUCGCGCCGCCAAAAGAUUCCCACCAGUUUAACGCGUCACAUGGUAUCGACAAUGACUGGGAGAUCGGUGACUGCCUUGCGCAGUGGUGGCGUCCCAACUUCGAGACAUUCAUGUACCCGUUCAUCCCGGCGCAUAUCACGAAACCGAAGGAGUGCAAGAAGCUGUUUUUGGUGCAUAUGCCUGAGCGGAAGGUCCUGGCUGUUCCGAAGAACAUGAAGCUCCUUGCCAUUCCGCUAUUCGAGCUGUACGAUAACGCUGCACGUUAUGGACCGCAAUUGUCUGCCAUCCCGCACCUUUUAUCCCGGUAUAAUUUUAUUUAUCAGUAAUCCCACUUGGACUCGUUUGUCGCACCUUAUAGCUUAGAUUGUUUUCCGUGUUAUCAAAAGUAUUCCGAUAUUACGGCAUGCUGCCAUGCGUGAAUAUGCCCUGCAUUAGAGUGCGGAC